UUAACAAUGCAAGAGAAUGUCAAAAAGAGAUCUAUAGGAACGAAAGGAAAUAUAACAAGUAGUAAUGUAGAUAACGCUAACGUAGCAAAUGUAGUUGAGUAUGAAGGUUCGUCAGAUGAUCAAGAAGAUACUCAAAUAAAAAGAAUUAAAUUCGAUAUUCAAUCGGUAGAACGUUCAGCUGAAACAUCUGGAGACCCCCCUCCAUCAAUUGAUGACAAACAAUCAAAAGACAAUAAUACGCUUCCAGAUGAUUUUUUUGAUAAUUCUUCUAAAACUGUGUCGAAUCAACAAGAAAAAACCGAUAAUGAAAUCGAAGAAGA